AGCGCCGCGCCCGGAAGGCCGCAGAGGACUCCCGCGCCAACGUCCAGACCUCCUUCAACCGUCUGAAGGCCCUCGCCCACGAGGCCAUCAAGAAGCGCGACAAGGCCCUCCGCGAGAAGGACGAGUCCGCCCGCUCCGCCGAUCCCUCCGCCUCAAGGACGAGGCCCUCAAACACCGGGACUUGCUGCAGUCCGAGAUGAACACCGCCGAGCAGAUGCUGGUCUCCGGCAUCCAUAAGAUCUCCGGCAAGGUCAGCGGCUUCAAGAACUUCAACGCCGGCGGCCUCCCCAAGUCCCAGAAGUACGCCGGCCUGCCGGCCGUGGCCUACGGGGUCAUCAAGCGGACCAACGAGAUAGUCGAGGAGCUCACGAAGCCGAUCGAGGGGGCGUCCAAGUCCCGGGACCGGGCCAGGGAGCAGAUGGAGCAGAGGAACUAUGAGAUCGCCAUCGAGGUGUUGCAGCUCGAGGCGACGAUUAGUGGUCUUAGGGAGGAGAUCUCGAAGAAGGGUGCGGAGGUCGACAGCCUGGAAAGGUCAGUUUCCGACAAGGGUGAGAAGAUCUCCAAGAUGGAGAAUGAGAUAUCGGAGCUGAGGCAGUUCAGUGAGGAUUGUGAUAGCAAAUUGAAGAGUUUGGAAGCUAAAUUGGACUCUCAGAGGCCGGUGCUCAUCGACCAGAUGAAUCACAUUUCGAAGGCCUACGAGCAGAUUCGUGAGAUAAUUAAAGCUGUGGAUUUGAACGAUUUGGAUCAGUUGGAUUCGUCGGACUCUUUAUUUAUGUGGAAAGAAAUGGAUAUGGAGGAGAAUUUGCGGAUUUCGUUGGAAGGGACGAGGUCGGUUUAUGAGUUGGCCAAGGUUGCGGUGGAUAAAGUGAAGGAUGAGGUGGAGGAGAGGAGUAAGGAAGUGAAGGCCUUGAACGAGAAAGUGACAGGGUUGUUGGCAGAGAAACAACAUAUUGGGACACUGCUCCGAAGUGCAUUGUCGUCCAAGACAAAUGAGGUCUUCCAAGUCGCACAAGAGGGGCUGAGAGAGGCUGGGAUUGAUUUGAGAUUAGAUGGCCAGAAUAAAGAGGGCUCAGAGGAGGGAGGAGAGGAUGAAGUCUAUUCCUUGGCUGGGGCAUUGGAAAGUACUGUAAAGGAAUCUCAACUCAAGAUACUUGAAUUGCAGCAUUUGGUUGAAGCACUCAGGGCAGAGUCCUGUUUACUUAAAGCUCGUUUGGAUGCUCAAGCAAAAGAGAUUACCCAGCAAAAGCAUCAUAUUAAGGAACUUGAGGAGAAGGAACGGGUGGCAAAUGAGAAUGUUGAAGGCCUCAUGUUAGACAUUGCAGCAGCAGAAGAAGAAAUUGCAAGAUGGAAAGCUGCGGCAGAACAAGAAGCUGCAGCUGGCAGAGCAGUUGAGCAAGACUUUCUCACUCAGUUGUCAGCUCUCCGAAAAGAGCUUGAGGAGGCAAAACAGGCAAUUUUAGAAUCAGAGAAUAAGCUCAAGUUCAAAGAAGAGACUGCAGCUGCAGCAAUGGCUGCGAGAGAUGCAGCUGAGAAAUCAUUACGGCUGGCAGAUUUGAGAUCUGCAAGGCUGAGGGAGAGAUUGGAGGAGCUGACCAGGCAGCUUGAAGAAUCCGAUAAUCAGGAUGACUCAAGGAACAGAAACAGUCACAGAUAUGUUUGCUGGCCAUGGCAAUGGCUGGGAUUGAACUUUGUUGGAUACCAGGGUGGUGUGCAACAAGAUAGUAAUGAAAUGGAACUCUCAGAACCCCUUGUCUAGGUUUAUAUACUCUUGUAUCCAGGAAGAAAAGAAAAGUAAGUGAUUCUUGUAAUUGUUUAAUUAUAAGGUAAUGGUCUUCGCAUUCUUUGCAAUUUUUUUAUUUUGGUCCAGAGAACUGAGAAUUGCCUGCUCAUGGAUGCUCGUGCAUUAUAGCAAGUGAGAGAAAACUGUGCUAGUUCAUUUAAAAAUCAAAGAAACUUCAAGCACGUGCCAGUUACGUAUCAA